AUGGCCUACACGCCGCCGCCAGCCGCGGACGGCUCCCCUCGCCCUGUAGUGCCCUGUGUCCGGCUGGGCGUUAUGAUGGCCGCGGCCUAUCCCUCGAAUGGCGAGGAGAUCGACCCUGCAUAUGCUGCAAAGCUCGAUGCGACGAUCAAAGCCUUCGCCAGCGCAGGUGUCUACGUCUUCUUGGACCUGCACCAGGAUGCUGGCUGCACCACGAAUGGUGGUGAGGGUCUGCCUUGGUGGGUGACGGCUGGCUUCCAAGAACGUGCCGGCUGCUGCCUGGAGCAAUGUUGCUGCUGUUGCUGCUUCUCUGGUAGCUGCUGGUCCUGCUGCCCAGAGAGCUGUCGGACGUCCUACAUCGCCACGCCGUCUCAUCCUCUUCGGCCUUUUGCUUGCCUCCCGAACUGCAUUGCCAAGUGCCUGACUCUGGACAUCACCACCUACGACGGCGACUCGGAUCCGUGGCUCCCGUUUUCCGUCGAAGACAAGGGUGCGAAUCCGGAUUUCAUGAAUGCCGGCAAUGCGAGCAUGCGCCAAAACAACUCCGACAGCACCUGGAGCGCGCUCGUAACCACUGCGCAGCUGCAGAACACCAUGCCGAGGAUCUAUGCCUCUCCGGAGAACAGUGCCGACAGGGCUUUGUAUUUUGAGCCCUACAUGAAGCUUGUGCGACAUCUCUGUGGCGUGUGGGACAAGUACGAGAACGUCAUCGCAGUGGAACUGAUGAACGAGCCGCCUCUGGGUGGAUUGCCAAAUAUAUGCAACACGCUGACAGUCUGGAGACAAGUCCUCGGAUUUUAUGGCCACGUCCUUGCCGAGCUUGACCAGGAUCCCCGCAUCAAGACCCCCAUCGCCAUCGACAACUUCAGCAGCACCAUCCCUGGCGAAGGCUGCGCCAUCUCCUGCUUAGCCUGCGCAGGCACACCCAGUGCGGCCAUGAAGCAAUUCCAGUCCUAUGCCAGUC